UUUUGCCGACCGCACUUUUUACUUCGCGAAGUCAAACCGAAAUGUCGAGUCAAAACAAAAGUAGCUAGGAUUUUAAUGUUUAAUUUUUGUUGAAAUUCGUGUGUUUAAAGUGUUUUAAAAAUACAAUGUUCUAGUUAUAAACAAAAGCCGCAUCGAAUCCACUGCUCAACACAAGAAGGGCAGAAACCUAAAUUUACCACAGAUAGAGCUAACCAGACAGUCUACUGGGUUGUCUACUGAUCGAGUGAUCGAUCGUGAACGCGUGUGAUAAGCCUUCGAGUAGCUGUGUGCGUAAAGUGAGAGUAUCUACGCGUGGAACUGGAACCUCGCUCAAGAGAGCGCCAACCCAUAACUCCGAACCGUGGAGGAACUUUGGAUAUCGCCGCUAUCUCCAAGUCUCGUCUCUCCAGUUCGCUCAGGAUGACGGAUCAAGAUCAACCGCAGCUUCAAGUUCAGCGCUCGAAUCGGCACCAAUUCAAGCAGGCCAUGUUCGCGCGGGUUACCUUCUAUCCCACGUUGUUCUACAACGUGUUCAUGGAGAAGGUGACCAAACGGAACUGGUACGAUCGGAUAGACGAGAACAUGAUUCUGGGGGCGCUUCCGUUCCGUUCGAUCGCACCGGAAAUGGUCCAGCAGGAGAACAUCAAAGCCGUCGUCUCGAUGAACGAAGACUACGAGCUGUGGGCGUUCUCGAACAAUAAGGAAAAGUGGUCCAAGUUGGGAGUGGAGUUCCUGCAGCUGGCCACGACCGACAUUUUCGAGGCUCCGUGUCAGGAAAAGCUGUGGAGCGGGGUGCAGUUCAUCAAUCGGUUUCUGCCGAAGGAGAAGCGGAUGCAGUCGUUGGUGGAUGCGGCCGAGGAGUUUAAGGAGGACCGAGUGGGAACAGUUUACGUGCAUUGCAAGGCGGGAAGGACGAGGAGUGCCACUCUGGUGGGGUGCUAUCUCAUGAUGCGCAACGGUUGGAGCCCGGAGCGAGCGGUGCAACACAUGCGCGAAUGCCGACCACACGUCCUUCUCGGCAGCAAACAGUGGGAAGCGAUGCGGAUAUUCCACAGCACCCGGCUCGGCUCCUCGGCGGCAGGUCAAAAGCCACCGACACAAUAAGAGGCCCCAAAAUAGCACCGGAAGGAACAACGAAUCGAAUCGCAGCGACGUAGGAACAAACAUAGGAAUCAAAUUCUAUUCAAUUGUAAAUAGGACCGCGAUAUGGAUGAAUGAAACGCCACUUCGAAGCUCAGUUUUCUUUGUAAGCACUUUAUAAGAGACUUCCGAGAAUAAUUUAAAUAAGAAUAAACUUUGUUAUGCAAA